AUGUUUCAUUUUAGAUCAAAGUUUCAUAGAACGUCAUCGUCAAGCACCACUGUUGACGGUCAAGCCGCAUCUUCCUUGUACUGCCCCCACUGCUUCAACCUCAUCCGGCCAGGCAAUCACUCAGCCAGACUCGCCCCGAAGCUCCGCCUCUCUAGACGCAUUGCCAACUCCAAGAGGAAGGCGACUGCGCAUGGACUGCCCAGUCUCACAAAACAGGCGGCUAGCCAAUUGAAACGAUGGGACCAGAGUCAGACCAAAUUGUCAAUCAAGUGCCAAGCUUGUAAUGCCACGGCUAAGAUUCCCGGCAGCAAGCGACACCGCAGUCAACCGAAGCAAGAGGGACGCAGGAAGCUAGCCGCGAAGAGGAGACUACAUCAGCAGGAGACGCAGCAAGCGGGAGGACAGGACGCCCGGACAUCUGUCACACCCAGGUGGGACUUCACUCCGAAGCAAGCCCAACAAAGCAGAAAGUUCGCAUCCCCGUUCACCACACCGACAGCACAAGGGCACCGCGCAUCCCCCGGUGUCACCCCUGCCGGCACGCUGUCAGCCUCCGCCAGGAAGGCGCGGAAUCUCAACAAGCAGAAGCACCAGCAACUGCAGCGGAUGCUGGCCGGGGCCAAGCAGGAGAAGGCCAACACACAGUCACCACUCAAAGAUUUCCUGGUGUCACUCUGAGAACAAUUUUACAUAUAACUGCACCAUCACCCCAACUAAAAUGUGUCCAUUACACUAAAUUGAGUCCAUCUUAAAGUCCAGCUUAUGAGUUCAUCACGAGACAUCUGCUGUCUAAGUUUAAAGCCAUUCUUUUCAUAUUUAUUUGUACAUGUGUACAUGGUGAAUAAAUAUGAACCGAAAUCCAAAUGUUGCGACCAUUGUUUUAGUGAAGUUCUGCAUGUAGCCAUUUUAAAAGCUAGGAUAUGAAAGCCCAAUUCAUAAGCUUUCUGUUUGUACAAGAAUCAUUCAAAUCACUCAUGUACUUUUCAAGUUAC